UACUAAACUUCCACAUCGUCGCUUUACUCACUCUCUGCUGAAUUGAGACUCAUUCCACUCCCCCGUUGCUCAUUCUCAGUCUCUCUACAUUUGGUCUUGGUUUUCCAAGCUGCGCCCUCAAGAUGGCAACUCUCAAAGAAGUAGACUCCGAAGCCGGAUUCGAUCAGAUGAUCCAGAAUGCGUCGCCGUCCACCCUCUUCGUCCUGUACUUCCACACUCCAUGGGCCGCUCCAUGCGCUCAGAUGAACACUAUUCUGAGCACUCUUGCCUCCACAUAUCCCGCCGACUCAGACAUUUCAUUUCUAUCCAUCAACGCCGAAGAACUCGCCGAUAUAUCGGAAUCGUACGAUGUAACUGCCGUACCGUUCCUGGUGCUCCAAAAAGGCGGAAAGACACUUGAGACCGUGAGCGGAAGCGAUGCAACAAAGGUCCGAGCAGCAGUAGAGAAGUAUGCCGGGGCUGGAAGUGGUGCAGGCAAGACUGGAAUCCCUCCGCCACUGCAGGCGACGCCGCAGGAGCCCGCCCAGACAAAUGGCAAUGCCACGAAAGAUCUGAGUUCGUACGCACCAAAGGAAUCGGAUCCACAGACUGCGCCGGCGUAUUCGUCGGGCCAGGGAUCGAGAGAGGAGUUGGAUGAGAGGUUGGCGAAGCUGGUCAAGGCUGCACCGGUCAUGCUGUUCAUGAAGGGAACGCCGAGCGCACCCCAGUGUGGGUUCAGCAGGCAGCUUGUCAGCAUUCUUAGAGAGAAUCAGGUCAAAUAUGGGUUCUUCAAUAUCCUAGCUGACAACGACGUCCGAGAGGGUCUGAAGGUGUUCUCGGACUGGCCUACAUUCCCGCAAUUGUACACCAAUGGAGAACUUGUUGGCGGUUUGGACAUUGUUCGAGAAGAGAUGGAAGCUGAUCCUGAGUUCUUCAAGCCAUUCUCUGCGGCACAGCCUUCCGCGGCGAGCACAUGAGAUGAUAAUAUGUCCUUUUCAAGCGUGAAUAUUAUGAUGGUGUAAGAUACAAAUUCGAUGAUCAAUUCGACCACUAGAAUGACAACUCCGAUGCUGAGCCAUGAGAAGUGUGCCACCCGCUGCUGUUCUAAGUAUGCAAAUUUGAGCCAUAUGGCAACAUUUCGUGUCC